AUGAACAUAAUUCCUUCCCGAUUUACAACUACAAAUUUUGGUGGUAUAUCAUCAUCACAACCACACCAACCUUUAUCCACCACUACCACAUCUGAUGCUGCUUUUACAGAUUUCAUGGAAUGUCCCAAUUUGCCUCAAUCUGAUACAACAAUUAUUAAUGGAGUACAAAUUGUUACAAAUGAUGAUCCGUCGUCGUUAAGUUCACCUCCACGUACUCAACCCUCACAAGAAGAAUUCACCGAAAAUAAUUGGUUACCUCCUUUACAUCCACGUUAUUCUUACGACUCCCCUCCAAAAAUGCCCAUAUAUAAAAAAUCUAAAAAGAAGGGUCAAGCAAAUGACAACGAUACCGAUGAUGCAAACUCGUCAACUAUUCGUUCUAAACGCAAUUACACAAAAAAACCUCUUGAUAGACUAAAAAGACCAAGGAAUGGUUACAUGAUUUACAUGAAUGAGGUUUAUGAGGAUGUUAAACGUAAAUAUCCAAACUUAAAAUUUGGCGAAUUGAGCACGCAAAUCGGUAUUCAAUGGAAAAACAUGACCAAAACCGAACAGAUGCCAUAUCAUCAAAGACACGAAGAAGAAAAAAAUGCUUAUGAAAGUGCGAAAUUGGCCAUGUCAAGGUCAAAUUUACAGAUCGUUGAGGAAACGAUCGGUAUCGAACGACAAGUUAAGGCUGCUGAAUUAAAAGCUUUCGAAUUAAUAGCCGCUAAAAAUAAAAAAGAAAACAAAGUUGAAACCAAAGUUGUUGAAGAGACGCGGCAACUUUCUCAAAGUGAAACUCCAUCUUCCCGGCCACCACCGAAUUAUGGUGACGUGGCCCCUUGCAUUCCAAAGUCCGGAAAUAGUCUUUCGGUUGGUUCAAACGAGAUCAACCAGAAAGUUAUUACCUCACAUUACCCAAAGGGUAAUAACGCGUUUCAUAAUGAAAAACCUCCCACUGGAAAUGGACCACGUAAAAGCGAUGCCGCUCCUUCCACGGUUUUACGCAAGUUGAAACCAAAACCAGACAUUCCGAUUACUCCAAUUUCACCGGAUUUCAGCAAUCGAGCACUACAGCUUGCAAUGCCCAAAACCCCCUCUUUAACCACUCUCGCACAAGAAAACGCACGUUCAAUAAGGCGGAAUUUUCUUUCGCCCGCACGUGAGGCUCAAAGGGUAAAUUAUUUUAAGCAACAUUUCCCAGAUUUAAAUGUCGAAGAUGAACGUAAGAAUGAACGAAUGGAAUGCGAGGGUGUGUCCACCCCACAAUCUGUUGGAGGAAGUGUGGUUGAGGAUGUUGAACAAAGUGAAAUGAAAAAUCUUGAGAGUGAUGACGACGAAGAGAAAAUCGAUCAAUUACUACCAAGUGAUCAAUCUGAUACGGAAAUGGAAGGUAUCGAAAUUAGCAAUGCAUCUCCAUCUUCCACACGCAAAUCACCCGACACGUCAACGAUUUGGUAUUUGCCAAUUAAUGGAACUAUAGUUUCCUCCGGGCUAACCCCAUUUAGAAAGAGAAAAGUUAUCAGAACGGAGGAUUCUGAAGAGGAGGUUGAACCAAAGCGUUUCAAAGAGAAUAGAAUAAGUCAAAUUGACGAAAUGAUUUAG